AUGUCAGAUUUAUCUGAUCAAAAGGAGGAAGCGCCAGCUGAGAAGGAUGAAACACCAACAACUAAACCCACUCAAGGAAAUGGGAUUUCUAAUACUAGUAAUGUUACACCCGUUAUUCCACCCAGGAGACCUCAAAAAAGACCAAAAACAUUUACUAGUCUGGCUAGUGUUCAUCCCGGACACCAAUUCCAUAGGACUGCGACUGAGACAACAGUUAAUGCCAAUUAUGCUUCCAGCAAUAGUACCAGGCUGGAGGAAAUGAUGAAAUUACUAGAUAAGACUGAAAAAGACACUAAAGAAUUAAAAGAGCAAUUGGAAGAGGAAGAAUGUGCGAAGGACAAUGGUGAUGUCGAUGAUCAUAAUAAUAAUAUUCCCGAACAACGUGAGAAUGAAGAACCAUCAGAAAAAAAUGAUAACUUGUCUGAAGAGUCCAAAAAAGGCUUGGUACGGGUGGUUAGUGGCAGCCAAAAAAAUGGAGGUGAGAGUGAACAAUUGCUUGCAAAAGAUGGCAAAGAGGAAGAAGAAAUAGUAUCAGAACAAGAGGAAAAGCCUGUGCAGAUAUCUGGCAGGGAAAGCGUAAAUAAUGGCAUUACACCGGAGAACGCCAUUAAUUGUACGGAUGAUGUAAAAGAAGAUCUUUGUGACAAUAUUGCAAGACCCAAUAAACAUACCAUUCUUACUUCUUCCUCUUUUUCGACAACCACUAAUGCUGCUGAAGCUCCCGGAGCAACUGAGAACAUACCUGCAGAUACUAGCGCUAAUAUUCAUGAAAUAACCGAGAAUGUUCCUGCUGAUACUAAUACUAAGAAUCUUGAAGUAUUCGAAGGUAAGCCCACUAAUAUCGAUACCCAAGUUACUGAAAUGCCUGAGAGUGCUUCUGCCGGCAUUAGUACUGGAAACUUUGAAACACCUGAUAAUAAACAUGCAAAUAUCGAUGAUAAAGUUUCUGAAGUGACUGAGAGCGCCCCUACUGAAAGCAAUAUUGAAAAAUUUGAAGCACCCAAAGAUAACCAUACUGAUAUUGAUGCUAAAAUCUCUGAAAUCACUGAAAAUGUCCCUAUUAAUAAGAAUGUGGAAAAUCUUGAAGCAACAGGGAGUAAAGCUGCCGAUACCAAUACCAAACUUUCUAAAGUAAGUGGGGAUACAUCUAACAAUUCUAAUGAUUCCCCCACUCCGAUCGCUAAACAAAAGCCUCGUGUUCCUAAAAAACUAUCAUCUAAAAUAGCUGCUUUCCAAAAAAUGUUGCAAGAAAGACAAGAAGAAGAGCAGAACCCAUUAACUCGUUUUGAAAGAAGAAAACCAAUCGAAAUACCAAAAGAUAACGAAGAACAAGAAAAAGUGGAAAAUAAUGGUUCUACAGAUAUAGAACCUGUAGAAGAUAGCACACAAAAAAGUGGGGAAACUGUUCAAGAUAUUAGUACCGAAAAGGGUGCAACUAGCAAUGCGAAACCCAAGUUUCAAGGCUCAAGAGCUAACUUUGUCAACAAUUUAAAUGGAUUAUUUGCAAUGGGUAUGCCAAUGCCAGGAAUAUCAAUGCCAAAUAAGCCCAAUGCUAAUAAUGUUGACCCGCUUGCGCCUCAAGUUCCGGAUUCAAGACCUAAAACCUUAUCCAAGCCAACCGUAAAAGAAAAAAAAAUUGAUGAUGUGCGCCAAAAAAGAGCCAGAGGUCCUCGUGGGAGAAGACUACCCACUAAAAUUGCUAAUGUGGAAAAAAUCGAGGUUAAAGCAAAUGAAAAUGUUGUGGAAGUUUUUGAUACUUGGUGUUUUUCAUUUGCUGAUAACGAUGUUUCAAGUCCUGUGGGACUCUCUGAAAAAGAUAUAGAUAAAAGUGAGAAAGAAGAAAAAGAAAUAAUGGCGGAGAGAGGUGAAGAAGAAAAAGGGGAGGAAGAUAGUAAUUUAGAGAGAAUUAUUAGUGUCGAUAGUGGUACAGAUGUUUUUGUUGAUUCAAUAAAUGAUAAUGAUAGUGAGGUUAUCAAUAGUGAGCUUUCUUUAAAUGAAGCAGCAGAUUCAGGUAUCCCUGAUAGACAACCAAAUUUAAAUUCGAAAAUUACCCCAGGCGUCUCGACAUUACCUAUUGAAUCCGUUGCAGGGAAUGUUUGUAAUAAAAAUCCUGAUGAUUCUGCCAUGUCUAUUCCAAUUUUACCGUACAUUCCCAGCAGAAGACCAACAGUUUUUUUUCCUGCUCGUAACAACGAUAGCACUAAAUUAGAAGAUGGUACUAAAUUAGAAGAUGGUACUAAAUUAGAAGAUGGUACUAAAUUAGAAGAUGGUACUAAAUUAGAAGAUGGUACUAAAUUAGAAGAUGGUACUAAAUUAGAAGAUGGUACUAAAUUAGAAGAUAGUACUAAAUUAGAAGAUAGUACUAAAUUAGAAGAUAGUACCAAGUUAGAAGAUAUUACCAAGUUAGAAGAUAGUACCAAGUUAGAAGAUAGUACCAAGUUAGAAGAUAGUACCAAGUUAGAAGAUAAUUCUGAUACAAACAUACCGUAUAUUCCAGAAAAGAGACCCACAAAUGCCUUAAACCAGGACUUGGUAUUUCCAAAACAGGAUACUACUGUUAAUUCGGAAAUUUCAUCUUCUAUUGCUACGGAAAAACCUAUAAUCAAAACUUUCGAAGAGGCAAUAACACCUUUAAAACAAGAAGAAGCGAUAGAACCUCAAACGAGUCAUGUUGUUCCUCAAAUGGCAUUACCGCGUAUACCUUCAAAGAGACCAACCGUUAUUGUUAAAGAUGAAACACCUAAACCUACAUUAUUAAACGCUACUGCUAAUAGUAAUAAUGUUCCUACCGUCCCUGCAAGAAGACCAGUAAGACGUCAAGAUAGUGCCAAUAAUAUCGAUGGUAAUAUUAAAGAAAUUGGUGAUUAA